GCUAUCGCUCACCUUGUGAUAAGCAUUUUACACUUAAAGCCAGUAUUAAAAUUUAAGCAAAUUUGAACAUUUUUUAAAUACUUAAUAAUAAAAAUAAAAGCAAAUUAAGGUUUAUUUUUGCACAACCUAACACUACAACUUUUUGCAGACAACAAAACUAGCAGCUUCCGUUCUUCAGCGGAGUUCUGCAGAACAGAGUAGGCCUUGGGCACACGUGUUUACUUCCGUUACAUAUAUGAUUUAUAAGAUUAGUUCAAGUUUAUAGGACUUUAUGAAGGAUUUCUAGCUUUAGUGGUGCCGGAGGAUUGGACUCAGGACAAGCAGUGACCGAGGAUGGCAUCGAAGUCUUUAUCUGAGCAACUGGCAGAGAUAACCAACCCAACACCAACUUCACACGACCCAGAAGACGACAUCUAUGAGGAGACGCGCGCGCAGGUGACCGGCUGGGAGGCCGAGGCUGACCUCUCUGGUGAUGAGGGGACGACACCAUCCCGCCUGCGUCAGCGGGCCGCCGCGCUGCUGCCGGACCUGGACCCCCGCUACGCCGGACGAGCCGUCUCCCGGAAAAGCCUCCAGGAGGCCAGCGAUGACGCCGACUCCCUGGACGGCUCAGAGGACGGUGAUGAGGACAGUGAGGAGCAGGAUGAAGAGGACCAGGAGGAGGAACUGGCCUCCGGGGAGGACGAGGACGAGGAUCAGUUGGAGGCCUUCAAGGCCAAACUGAACGGCGUCGAGUCCGGCACCAAUGGUCUCAGCACAGAUGACGGCGAGCUGGAGACCGAUUCAGAGGAGGCCACCGGCACUGGUCAGGAGGACGGUGAGGAGGAGACCGAGGAGGACGGCGAGGAUCAGGAGGACGCCGGGGACUCGGAGGAGCAGGAGGACUCGGACGUCGGUCAGGAGGAAGAGGAGGACGGGGAGGACAUCAGCGCUGCGCUGGACUCGCAGGAGGACGAGGAGGGAGGGGUGGAGCUGACCAGUCGGUCGGCCGGCAGCGACGCAGAGAAGGGGGCCGCCGUCAAGGCACAGCUCGGCGUCUGGGACCAGCUGCUCGAGUGUCGUAUCAAGCUCCAGCCGAGCCUGCAGCAGUGCGGACAGCUGCCUGCCCCCGGUGACCGCUGGACAGAGUUCUGGGAGGCCGCUGGCGAGGACAUCGCGGCACGGCUGACGGACGCAGCUGCCGCCGCCGACCGGCUCAUGCGACAGCUGCUGCAGCUGCAGGACCUUCUCGCCGAGCAAUACCCAGAGACUCGGAAACUGUCCUCGGGCUCCGCCGAGCCGGAGGCCGACUCAAACUCUGACUCUGACGAAGAGCCGAUUCCGACGCCCAACCAGCGGCCGCGGAAGCGCCGUCGCUCUGGCCUGACGUCGACCGAUCCUGCCAAGCGGUUUGCCGCCUAUCGGCCCUACCGCGAUCAGACGAUCCAGCGGUGGAACGACAAGACUCGGCUCACGGCCGGCCGUGCCACCGCCAAGUCUUUCGCCGCCUUCGAGCAGUCGACGCUGCGCCAGAUUGAGCAGAUUCUGUCUGACCGAGGGCGGCUGCUGCGGCGAACACAGCUGAGGCGCAGCGACGCCGCCCGGUUGGGAGAGCCUCCGCUGCCGCCACCCAGCGCUGCCACGGAGGAUCCAGCGGCGGCGGGAGGCGCCGAGAGCCGCGAGUACGACGAGGAACGGUUCGACGACAGCGACUUCUAUCACCAGCUGCUGCGAGAGCUCAUCGAACGGAAAACAGUGGACGUCACCGACCCGCUGGCGCUCGGCAGGCAAUGGAUCCAGAUCCAGAAGCUGCGCUCCAAACUGAAGAAGAAGGUGGACACCCGCGCCAGCAAGGGCCGCAAGGUGAGGUACGAGGUGUACCCGAAGCUGGUCAACUUCAUGGCCUCGGAGCGCGCCGGUACGAUGACGGACACCGGCAGGGACGAGCUGUUCGGAUCGCUGUUCGGGAGUCGCAGCCGGCCGGCCGGGGGUGACAGCGGCGCGGCGCGGCCCGAACUGAACGGGGACGGCGCUCUCACCUGGGCGCAGCUGAAUGGCGGGCUAUCCGUGUGAGUUAGGGAACAAUGCAUGACGUGAUGGGGUGCUCAAGCGCUGGCGGUUUAUUGCUACGAACAGUCCCACUGUUCUGAGCGAAAAUAUAUUGAUCGGGUCAGACCGAAA